GGUUUUAUAAAUCAUCUGGCACUGCUGAUGCCAUGACCUGUCUUCCAGAAGAGGACUUAGGAACAGAAUAUUAUAUAUUUACCUCUGGAGCAGGGCACGCCAAUCAAUUUGCCAUUGCUAAUGGAAGAUAUGAGAAUGUUAUUGUGGAGAUCACUGUCUCUGGAUCUCUACAGUAUAAUGGGUUGUAUUAUGGAAACUCUGACACUUUCUCAGUAGUUCUCAACUACCAACAAGUCAUUCAGUUCCAAAGUUCCACAGAUCUAACAGGCACCAGAAUUGUAUCUUCCGUACCAGUUGCGGUUAUUAGUGGCAACAAGUGCUUCACUGGAAUUAAUUCGCUCUGCGAUGUUCUAGUUGAACAACUAUACCCGGUGGAAAACUGGGGUCGGUUCUUUGCUGUGUUCCCUUUGUUGGAUCACACUCGAGAUAUCAUCGAUAUAAUUUCGGCAAAUCCAAAUACCACAGUGACCGUUGAGGACCCUCGGAAAACCACCCAGUAUAAUCUACAGCAAGGGUCCCAUGUUCGACUAAAAUUGGCAGACAGAAUAAUUGUGAAUUCUUCUGAACCCAUAAUGAUUUCCUAUCUCUUACAAGAAAGCAUACCUGGACUGGUCACAGACUAUGACCCAUUUUUUUUAACCGUUCCACCACUCUUUUUAGCUAGGAAAUACUAUAAAUUUGUUACACAGGAUAAAUAUUACAACUUCCUCUUGAUAGUAUCCCAGGCACCUUCCUUGUCUGACUUCUAUCUUGAUCACCAACCUAUGAGCUUUCAGAACGUCUCGAUGACAGAGUUACAUGGAAUUAAAGGCUGGGAAGUCUCACUGGGUAAAUUAAGUGGACAACAUGAAAUUUACCAUGAGUCGCUAGAAUUUGUGAUUUACGUUUAUGGAAUUGAAACCUACAUUUCUUAUGGAUAUACAGUUGGCCAAGAAUCAAGAUAUCCAGAUCCGCCGUCACCACAACCAACCAAGGAGCCAGGAGAUUCGGAAGCCCUUACAUGUCUCUCUGACGGAGCUGUGUAUCAGUUACAUAUGGGUUUGCUAGUUGAUGCCGACCUUUCUGCUGAUGACAUUCACCUUGAAGAUCCUUCAUGUAAGGCUGAAAAGGAUGGAAGCUUUGCUGUCAUUAAAAUACCGUUUAACCGAUGUGGAUCUAAAGUUCUAAAUGAAGAUGGGAAAACAUUAUAUGUAAACACCGUCUAUGGAACAAUCCCAGAUACCAGCAUCCAUCGUAUCGAAGUCCCUGUCAUAUGUGGAAUGGAGACCAAUGAAACACUGGGGUUUAGCUUCCAUCCUAAAGUCACUGAUGUGGUUGCUGAAGGUCAUUACAAUAUUUCAUUGAAACUUUACCAAAGUGAGGAAUUUGAUGAUCCAAUUUUAUCAUAUCCCUAUGAGAUUGAACUAAAUGGCAAACUCUAUGUGGGGUUUAAGGUGGAAUCAGAAGAUGAGGACCUACAAAUAUUGGUAGAAGACUGCAGAUCUGCUCCAUCACUGGAGAACAAUGCACAAAACUAUCAUCUCAUUCGACAUGGGUGUCCUGUGGACUCUACUGUGCAUCAAUAUUCGGAUUUGGAUCAGAGAGAGAAGCAUUUCCGCAUACACAUGUUUAAGUUUGACGAUUCCUCGGAGGUGUACCUGGCCUGUAAUGUCAUCAUCUGUCAUAAUAGUACUUCUCCGAACCGCUGCUCUCAAUUCUGUGCUAGUCACAGGCAUAGACGAAGUGUACGCAACGACAAUGUCCAGCUGGGUUCAGCCAUGUUAUCACAAGGGCCAAUCACAUUUAAACAAGGAGAUAACAUCCCACAUGCAGAAAUUCUCUCAGAUAAACGGGAUCUUUACACAUUCCCUUCCACUGUGUUGAUGGGCCUACUGUGCACUGUAGGGAUACUGUCAGCUGCCAUCCUAAUACUUCAAAGACGUUACUACAAAGUCCGAGAAUAUACUCUGCUGCGGAACAGCAUCAACUGACAUGUGGAUAUUUUGAUCAAAAAGCAUCGGACA